AGAAGGUGUGGGAACAAGAGAAAAAAGAAACACAAAACCGUGUCAAACAAACACAAAUAUAUCAAUCCGAGGCUAUUCCAUCCAACCAAUCACAACCGUCUAUUUUACUUCCAACCAAUCAGAAAGAACCACACGGAUCCACUUUACAAGUACAAAAUCACGUUUCCCUGUGUAUAUAUAACCAUUCAUCAAUUAUCUUUUACAGUUUUUCGAAAAUCGAAACCCUAAUUCCCAAAUUCUCUCGUAUUCUCCGGUUUUGUUAGUUUGAAUCUCAAUGGCUCGUACGAAGCAGACCGCUCGUAAGUCCACCGGUGGAAAAGCACCUAGGAAGCAGCUUGCUACCAAGGCUGCCAGGAAAUCAGCUCCGACCACCGGCGGAGUGAAGAAGCCUCACCGUUAUCGUCCUGGAACCGUCGCUCUCCGUGAGAUCCGUAAGUACCAGAAGAGUACCGAGUUGCUUAUCCGCAAGCUGCCAUUCCAGAGGCUUGUUCGUGAAAUCGCCCAAGACUUUAAGACUGAUUUGAGGUUCCAGAGUCAUGCUGUGCUUGCACUUCAGGAGGCAGCUGAGGCUUACCUGGUGGGUCUGUUUGAAGAUACCAACCUGUGCGCGAUUCAUGCCAAGAGGGUUACCAUCAUGCCGAAGGAUAUCCAGUUGGCUAGGCGUAUUCGUGGGGAGCGUGCUUAGGAUGAGUUGUUCGUGUUGAUGGCUUAUUUUUACUAGUUUUUGGUGUAAUGUUUUGGGAGGAAACGGUAACGUGAACCCUUUUAUUUUGUGAUGUAAAUGAUCUACAAUUGAUAUGUGGUAAGAACCAAGAAGUGCUUUUAGCUUUUGAUUUCCA